GUGCCACUGGUAGAGAUAGAGACGCGUGCUGCUUCCGGCACGCGCGGAACAGCGAGCACGGGCGGCCAGGAAUUUCCUCCGCAUAUUAAGGGCGGCGCUACCGAAGGGCCUGCAUCGGCCGCGGGGGCGCGCGGCGGAUGUGCGCGGGCCCUGGGGAGUAAUACUUUUGCGCCCGGAAAUGUUUCGGGCACAGCGCGCACGUCAGAAAGCCACGGCACCAGGUUCCACCGCGGCCGCAUUCGUCAACGUUCCCUGUGCGGCGAGCCUCGGGAAAACGGCAGGCCGGGCGUGCCGCGUGUGUCCCGCGGGCGGCGGCUGGGCCGCGUGUGUUUCCUUCUUUUUUCUGCGCGCUGUGCCUGCGCGCUUUGCUUCGAGCCUCCGGGCGUGCCGCCCUUUGUUCGGUAUCCGCGACCGGCCCGCCCCGCUUGCCUGCGUCGCUCGGCCGCCCUGCCGCGCAUCAAGUGCGCUGCGGCCAAAUGUAUGCCCCGCCCCCGCCGGGGUCUGCGGGCCUCUUUGUUGGUGGCCCCCCCCGCCUGUGACCGCGGGAAGAGCCCCUGGCGCUGCCGGUGAAUCGGGGGCCGCCGCUUUUUCGGCCGGCCUGGCCCAUCGUUUAGCUGUCGUUGAGACUUUUUGCGCGCCCGCAAAC